AUGAUCUGGAACGAGCGCAAUCUACUCACCCAAGUCCAUAGCCCCCUGAUCGUACGGAUGCACCACACGUUUCAGGACCCGUACAACUGCUACGUCGUUAUGGAUCUGCUGCUCGGUGGAGAUCUCAAGUUUCACCUUGGAUUCACCCGCAAAGACGGUUUUCUAGAGCGAGAAGCCAAGUUCUAUACGGCUGGAGUCCUGCUCUCUCUGGAAUAUCUGCACAGCCUCAGAAAAGGGUACCCUCGACUCACAGACCUUGGAAUCUCAGUGCAGACGCCCAAUCUACGAUUCCAGAGUCGUAGCGGGACUAUGGCGUACAUGGCACCAGAAAUUUUUAGGGGCUCGACGAAGCACGGAACCCCUUCGGAUUUCUUUAGUUUGGGGGUGUUGACGUACGAAUUGCUGCUAGGACGGAAACCGUGGAACGGAGGCGUGCGAUCGCACCUGGAAAGGUGCCCGGACGUGAUGAAGGAGUUUACAGACAGCGCGUACGACAAGUACUACCCAAUAGAACUCCUCGACUCCACAACUGGUGUUAACCAGAAGCUUUCGCAGUCGUGUCGCUCGUUUCUAAGAGGAUUGACGUUCGACUGGGAUGGAUAUCUGGCACAUACACUGACGCCGCCGUUUGUGCCUGUUGUGGACGAGAAGAAAGCCAAUUGUGACACUGCGGCCCAGGAUUUCGACGACGUCCUCAGUGUGAACUCGCGUCCGGAGCGAAUUUCAGCUGAAGAUCAGGAAAAGUUCGUAGGGUUUGAGUACAACGUCGACGCGACAAAUCCAAUCACGAUAUAA